AAUCAAACUCAUAUAGAUCGAUUCGCUCAUAAAUCGGUUGUCGAGUUGGCUCUUUAUCCACAAUGUUGAGAGUUGAGACAUCUCAUGAACUCUAAAUGAGCCAACUCACGAGUUGAGCUCAACAAGCCAUCGAGUCGAGCUAGCUCACGAGCUCAUUAAGCUGCAAAAAGUUUAGCUCAAAUUCGACUCGUUAAUAAACGAAUCGAACGUCGAGUCACUCACGAACAUGCUUGCCAGGCCGCGUAGCAGAAGAGCACUUGAUAUACUUUUCGGUACAGUAUUAAACAUCAGAUCCACUUCCCCUCCCAAAAUCAGAGGGCCUAACCAAUAAACCAUCAAUAACCUAUUUAUUUUCUUUAAUAUUAGGAAUUCGGAUCACAACUUCAGUUUCAGACGCAAACGUUUUCUUUCUGGAAAAGUGGAAAACACACACAAAAAAAAUGCCCCAAACAAAUCGCCAAAGGCUAAAUCCAGCCUGAAAACCCCCAGUUUCCGUCCCGGUUUGCAAUUUUCUCUUCGGAAUCGAACAUUCUCAUCCGUUUCUGCUUUUCACUGCGCCGGUGGCCAUGGCGGACGACGCUGGUGGUGGCAGUGCAAGUGGAAGUGGCAGUAUUGUUAGUCUCUGCGGUGGUAGCUCCGACAUAAGCGGGAGGCCCGGUUCGAUGGACUCGGUGGAGUCACGGUGGGUCUUCCAAGACGACGACGACGACGACGACUCUGUGAUUGAUGACGACGAGGAUGGUUUGCAACGUCGCGGUACUGGAUUGGAUUCCGACGAUGAGGAGGACGACGAAGACGAUAAUGCGGAGCAGCGCCUUAUCCGCACCGGGCCGCGGAUCGAUUCCUUCGACGUUGAAGCUCUUGAGAUCCCAAGCGCCCAGCGAAGUGACUACGAGGACUUCAGUGUGAGCAAGAAGAUUAUUCUAGCUUUUCAGACACUUGGUGUUGUAUUCGGUGACGUUGGAACGAGUCCUUUAUAUGCAUUUGAUGUGAUGUUUACAAAAGCACCCAUAAGUGGGGAAGAAGAUGUUCUUGGUGGAUUGUCAUUGGUCCUGUACACGUUGAUCUUAGUACCUCUUGUGAAAUAUGUUCUUGUCGUGCUUUGGGCAAAUGAUGAUGGCGAAGGAGGUACUUUUGCCUUGUACUCGUUGAUCUGCCGGCAUGCUAAGGUUAGUCUUCUCCCGAAUCAGCUCCCUUCAGAUGCUCGUAUUUCAAGCUUCCGGCUGAAGGUCCCCUCCCCGGAACUGGAGAGAUCAUUAAAAAUCAAGGAAAGACUAGAGGCAUCAUUGACAUUGAAAAAGCUGCUUCUCGUCUUGGUGCUUGCUGGUACUUCGAUGGUCAUAGCUGAUGGAGUUGUUACACCAGCGAUGUCAGUGAUGUCAGCUGUUGGUGGUCUCAAGGUUGGAGUAGCUGCUGUAGAGCAAGACCAAGUGGUGAUGAUUUCCAUUGCCUUUCUUGUAAUUUUGUUUAGUGUACAGAAGUUCGGUACAAGCAAAGUGGGACUUGCUGUAGGUCCUGCUUUAUUUGUAUGGUUUUGUUCUCUAGCUGGCAUUGGAAUUUAUAAUCUUGUCAAAUAUGACAGCAGUGUAUUAAGAGCAUUUAAUCCUGUUCACAUCUAUUACUUCUUCAAGCGGGACUCAGCUAAGGCCUGGCGUGCUCUUGGAGGUUGCCUUCUAUGUGCAACAGGUUCUGAAGCCAUGUUUGCAGAUCUUUGCUAUUUCUCUGUUAGAUCAAUCCAGCUUACUUUUGUAUUUCUGGUGUUACCUUGCCUUUUGCUGGGGUAUUUGGGUCAAGCUGCAUAUCUGAUGCAAAAUCAUACUGAAGUUCUGGCUGAACAGGCUUUCUUUUCGUCAGUUCCAAGUGGUGCAUUCUGGCCUAUCUUCCUUAUUGCUAAUGUUGCUGCAUUAAUUGCUUGUCGAGCAAUGACAACAGCUACAUUUUCUUGUAUAAAACAGUCAACAGCACUUGGUUGUUUCCCAAGACUUAAGAUUAUCCAUACUUCUCGAAAGUUCAUGGGUCAGAUUUAUAUUCCAGUCAUUAACUGGUUUCUGCUGGCGGUGUGCAUAUUGUUUGUCUACUCUAUUCAAAGCAUUACUGAGAUGGGAAAUGCAUACGGGAUUGCUGAGCUUGGGGUCAUGAUGAUGACAACCAUUUUGGUUACCCUUGUCAUGCUCCUUAUUUGGCAGAUCAAUAUCUUUGUUGUGCUCAGCUUUCUUACGAUUUUCCUAGGGAUUGAAUUGACAUUUUUCUCAUCAGUUUUAUGGGGUGUGGGAGAUGGAAGUUGGAUAAUAUUGGUGUUUGCUGGAAUUAUGUUCCUUAUCAUGUAUAUUUGGAACUAUGGGAGCAAACUAAAAUAUGAAACUGAAGUGAAGCAGAAGCUGUCAAUGGAUUUAACGAGGGAAUUAGGGUCCAACCUAGGAACGAUUAGAGCCCCUGGAAUUGGCUUGCUCUACAAUGAGUUGGUGAAAGGGAUACCAGCUAUAUUUGGCCAUUUUCUGACAACUCUUCCGGCGAUUCAUUCAAUGAUCAUCUUUGUCUGUAUAAAGUAUGUUCCAGUCCCAGUUGUCCCUCAGAGUGAACGGUUCCUUUUCAGACGAGUCUGCCCAAAGAACUACCACAUAUUCCGUUGUAUUGCCAGGUACGGUUACAAAGAUGUGAGGAAAGAGAACCACCAGGCCUUUGAACAGCUGUUGAUUGAGAGUUUGGAGAAGUUUAUCAGGAGGGAGGCUCAGGAAAGAUCGUUAGAGAGUGAUGGGGAUGAUGAUAUGGAGACAGAAGAUGAUGAUUACUCGAACAAAAACAACACUAGAGUCCUAGUUGCUCCAAAUGGAAGUGUUUAUUCACUUGGCAUGCCCCUACUGGCUGAGUUCCAGGAAACCGGUAACCACAACUAUUGUGGUUCCACUGAGGCAAGCACUUCUUGUUCUUCUCCUUCUGAGGUUAUUGCGAAAUCAGGGUCGUCGGCAGAUCCACUUGAUCCUGAGCAGAGUCUUGAUCGGGAACUAUCUUUUAUUCGAAAAGCUAAAGAAUCAGGGGUUGUGUAUCUUCUGGGACACGGAGAUAUUAGAGCAAGAAAGGAUUCCUGGUUCAUCAAGAAGCUAGUCAUUAACUAUUUCUACGCUUUUCUGCGAAAGAACUGCAGAAGAGGGAUUGCCAAUUUGAGUGUCCCUCACUCCAAUCUGAUGCAGGUGGGCAUGACAUACAUGGUCUGACUUGGUUUUCAAGUGACUGAAGUGGUUGGUUCUAGUAGCACAAGACCAUAAAGGAGGAAUUGUGUGCCAUACUGAUUAGCCUGUUCAACUGGUUAUAUGCCCAUCAAUGAUGAUUCAUAGUGUGUGUGUGAGUACCCCCAUUCUUUUGUUGGACUAUCUGGACUAUGAAAUACUUGUGCACAUGCGAUUGCUGCGCUGGAUCUGUCGCCCUUUUUUCUUUCAGCAAGUUUUGAUAUUGGUAGGUCAGUGUCUUGUAAUUGAAUGGAAACCGCUUGUGGCUGAAUGGCCAGUUUGUAGAAUCAAAUUUCAUCUACCAGUUACUAUGUUAAGUAGUGGAUAGUUGAAUGCAGCCUGCUAGUAGACGACGAGCUCCUCUGUUGUAGAACCAAGUUCUUGUUCCUCCCUCAACAUCAAAUUGACAUGAACUGCAUAUCUAUAACUUUUUUUUU